AUGGAAGCGCUCCACGCCAAGGGAUACGUCGAGCCAUUGCGCACCUACAUUGCCAGUGGCAAGCCGAUCAUGGGCAUAUGUGUGGGCAUGCAGGUCCUGUUCCAAGGCUCGGACGAGUCGCCGGGUGUGCUUGGCCUGGGAGUUGUGCCAGCACGCGUCGGGAGCUUUUUACCUGAGGACGCACACGGACGCAAGGCUGUUCCGCACAUGGGCUGGAGCCUUGCCAGUGUCGUUGACGUCAAGGACGAGAGCAUCGAUAGCAAGUCCAGAGGGUCAGAGUCGACAAGCUCUCGACAGCAGCUGGGGACGAGCUACGGUCUGCCAGUCACAGAGCCUGCACACUUCUACUUCGUCCAUUCGUUCCGAGUGGCAUACGACGAAAGCAUCGCACCAUGGACACUCACAACCACGCAGUAUGGGAGUGAGACCUUUGUGUCGUCUAUCCAGCAUGGCAAUGUAUUUGCCACGCAAUUCCACCCUGAAAAAAGCGGCCAGGCAGGCUUGAACCUGCUUGCGGCAUGGCUGCAUCUUGACGACGCUGCAUUGCAUGCUACGAAAGAUGCACGGAUCCGGCGCCCCAUGGCUACGCACGAGCGCAUGCCCACACGUCGGAUCGUUGCUUGCUUGGACGUGCGCAGCAAUGACGACGGCGACCUAGUCGUGACGAAGGGCGAAAGCUACAAUGUCCGUGAGCGGCAGCCCGCAGAGGGACAAGCGAAAAGUACAGCUGAUGGUACCAUUCGGAGCGGCGGCAAGGCGCAGGUGCGAAACAUGGGAAAGCCUGUCGAACUCGCGCAACGGUACUACGAAGAAGGUGCCGAUGAAAUUGCAUUUUUGAACAUCACAUCCUUCCGGAACUGGGCGCUAGGUGAUCAGCCGAUGUUGUCGCUCCUGAAUGUCGCAGCUGCGACCAUCUUUGUACCGCUUACAGUGGGCGGUGGCAUCCGUGAUUUUACCGACCCAGAUGGCACCUUUCACCCUGCGCUUGAAGUUGCACAUGCAUACUUCCGGGCCGGGGCUGACAAAGUGAGCAUCGGAAGUGAGGCUGUGUAUGCCGUAGAGCAGCUAUUGCAGCGAGCGACAGAGUUGGGCGACUGUACCGGCGAUCCAUGCGCGGCACCCGCCAUGGCCCUUCGCGGCGAUACGGGCAUCGAGCAGAUUGCACACAAAUAUGGCGUACAGGCGGUCGUUGUGAGUGUGGACCCGAAACGCGUGUACCUGAGCGACCAAGAGAUCGAUGGCUUGUCAGACGAGCACUCGAGCGGCGAUGGUCCCGUCGAUGCACGAACACAUCCGCAUGCAUCAAGUAUCGUGUGUGGUCAAGACGAGCGUCCCGAGACAGCUGGCCAAUCAGCACGAUGGUGGUAUAUGUGCACAGUCAAGGGUGGUCGAGAGUCGCGUGAUAUUGAUGUAGUGCAGCUGGCACGGGGUGUUGAGCGUCUCGGUGCCGGGGAGUUGCUGAUCAACAGCAUUGACCGCGAUGGCAGCUAUGCAGGCUUUGACGAGAAACUUAUUGACCUCGUACGUGGGUGUGUCAACAUUCCUGUGAUCGCUAGCAGCGGUGCAGGAUGCGCCGACCAUUUCUGCGACGUAUUGGCAUCGCGGCCAGCAGCGCGUGGGGCGCCUAUUGAAGCGGCCCUUGCUGCGGGUAUCUUUCAUCGACGUGAAGUUUCCAUUAUGGACGUCAAGAAGCGAUGUGCAGAUGCUGGGUAUCCUGUACGUAUGUCGUGA